AUGGCAAUGUUUUUCCCAUAACUUUAAGUAUACUAGAUUUAUUAUAUAACAGAUUUGCUAAUAUUCGUGUGUUUUCGAACAGAUUAAGAUCCCUUAAAAUCAAUAGAAUAGCCCCUAAUUUUAGGAAGAGUAUUUCCUUUUCUCAUAGAUAAAUUCAUUACGUAAUUAAAAUUAAAUCAUUCUUAAAGUAAUUAUAAACAAAUAAUUGAAUAAAAUAUAUGUAGAAUUUAAUGAAAAUUCCACCUGUGGUUUAGUAUUGAUGAUUAAUUCAUUAAAGUUUAGGAUUACAUGAAUUAGGUUGAAGGCAAUUUUCUUGAAAUUUAUCUUGGAUUGAUCUUAAUGCUGUAAGAAGAUGAAAAAUAAAUGUACAGAGUUUAAUUGAAUAAUAAAUUAUUAUAAAUCAUAAAUUAAAGUAAGCGAACCUUGAGAAAAUAGAGAAGGAAAAGUAUAUAUGAUGAACUUAAAAAUGUUAAAAAAAGUAAAUUGAUUUAUAGCUUAUAUAAUAGAUUAAGAUUUAAGGUGA